AUGUCGCCUCCGCCGCCCGCGCCCUCCGAGGCGUGGGUCCUGCGCUCCUCGCCGUCGGAAUGGGACGCGCACGCGCGGGAGGCGACCGCGGCGCGCGUCCACGGGCUCUGCGUCCUCGACGUUACGCAUCGGAACAUCUUCAGCUACGCGCAGGGGUCGAUGGAUCUCAUCCGGUGCGUUCAUUACAGAGUGGUCCCCAUACGACCCCGUUCGCGUGGUGAACGCCGUUCCUUAAGGACUUUGCCCGGCGUGUCUCUCCGCCCAUCCCUUGCGUUCAAUCCCCGCCCUCGACGCCUUUCAACUCCAUCUGACGCCUUUGAACUCCACCCCGCCAUCGCUUUGUAUGGAACGACCCUCAGGAAGGACCUCGACGCCGUCCUCCCGCCCGCGAUGGUAAAAGACGCGACGCGCGUCUGCGACGCCGCGCGCCUUGACGACGCGUUCGAGGUUCGACGGAACGUCGUGAACCUGAAGAAGGUGCUGCUGCACAGCUGGCACCGCGCGGAGCCGCUGGAGAAGGAGCUCCGUCGUCUCUCGACGUUCUACCGGUGCGCGCGCGCGCAUCAUCCAUCCCAGAUCCAUCCGUCUGGACCUCCACCGUUCCGUCGUCCAAACCCCUCCCGCACGCGCAGACGCGACGCGUCGUUCGAGACCGGGUUCGCGAACGUCCACCGGUACAGGGACGUGUGCGUGGCGCAUCAGCGCUUGAAAGGCGCGACGCACGCGGUGUUCGACGGGCGGAUGAUGAUGAAACAGAUCGCGUGCGUUGCGCGGCACCCGUCGGUCGAGCGGUGUAAGAAACUGAGGGGGCUCCCGGGGACGCUGACGACGUCGAGCUGGCUCGCGAACGCGCGGAGAUUCUUGGGCGACGAGGGCGUGGACGGGUUCGCGGAGUUCGCGGGCGGGAGAGGGAAGGGGAAGGGCGACGGCGGCGGCGCGGCGGAGGCGAGGGCGGAGGAGGAGGAGGAGGAUGAGGAGGAGGAGGCGCCGGACGCGGACGCGGACGCGAACGUUUACGACGACGACGCCAACGCGGUGCGCGCACAGCUGGCGUCGUUCACCUCGCUCGCCGCCUCCUUACUCCCGGGAUGGCCCGCACACGCGCUCGCCUACCUCGAGCGCGCGCUCGUCGCGCGCGGCGGCGCGAAAGCGCUGUCCAUCAGGCGCGUUCUAUACACUGGUUCCCAUACGACCGGGUCGGCGUGGUGGACGCCGAUCCUUAAGGACUUUGCCCGUCGUCUCUCUCCGCCCAGGCACUUACGGCUGUUGCAGGGCGCGGCGCCGGCGACGCGCGAGCUCUCGCACUGGCUCGACGAGAUCCUGACGCGCCCGCGCGCGCGUCUGUUCGUCGCGGGCGACGCCAGCAGCGGCCGCGCGACGGACUUCGUCCCCGCGGGGUUCGAGAUCGGCAACGCGAUCGCGUCGUACGCGCGAGUAGUCAGGCGCGUUCUAUACGCCGGUCCCCGUACGACCGCGUCGGCGCGGUGA